AUGCCUCCCUCGUCGAUGCACGCCAAACGCCGCCUCCAGGCCAUCAGUCAACAGCUGGUGGAGGGAAUCCCCGAUGCAGGCAAGUUCGAGGACAUUCCCAAGAUCCGCCGGGUUGCCGGGGACUCUGCUGGCCCGUACGUACCCUCGGUCACUCGCGCCAACUCUCCCAACGGUAUUGGCCGCGCCAGCGCGCACCAAUACGCUCACAACGGCGCCAAAGCCGUCUACAUCUGCGACUACAACGACUCGCAUCUGGCGACACAUAAGCGCGAGAUGGAGCAGCUCUAUCCGGGCGUGGACAUCCACACGCGGCAGUUCGAUGCGGCCGACGAACAGGCCGUCAAGGCCGUCGUCGACGACGCCAUCCAGCGCUACGGCCGUCUGGACAUCUACUUCGCCAACGCGGGCGUCACCGGGCCCGGUAAGCUCUUCUCAGAGCUGACGGCGGAGGAAUUCGACCGGACGAUGCACACCAACAGCACCAGCUGCUUCCUGGCGGCCAAGUACGCCUCGAUUGCCAUGUCAAAGACCUCCGAGGCGAAGCCGUACCCCUCGGGAUCGAUCAUCUGCACGGCGUCAGUGGCGGGGCUGCGCUCCAACGCCGGGUCGACCGAUUACUCCGCGUCCAAGGCGGCCGUGGUCUCGAUUGCGCAGAGUUGCGCCUUCCAGCUGGCCGGAACCGGCAUCCGGGUCAACGCGAUCUGCCCUGGUGUGAUUGAGACGGGUAUGACGCAGCCGAUGUACGACGCCGCCCGGGCCCGCGGCACUCUCAACAAGAUCGGCCAGUUGAAUCCCCUCCAGCGAGGCGCGGUCCCGGACGAGGUCGCCCGGGUGGCGCUCUUCCUGGGAAGUGACGAAAGCAGUUAUGUCAACGGACAGGCAUGGGCUGUGUGUGGCGGAUUGAGUGCAGGACACCCAUUUGUGCCGGGCAAGAUGUCAUGA